GCGUUUAGAGCUAUACUCUCUCUCUCUAAAACUCUCUUUCUCUCUCUAUCUUACAGUCUCUCUCUCUCUCUAGUCAUGCGUGAUCAUGGCAUUGAACACACGUUCUCAGAGGAAAAAUGGCGAAAUUAUGCAAAAUUUGGAGGCCGCCAUUAAGGCAACUUGAUUGAAACUUUGCUUUGAGGCAAAGUCCAGGCAUAAUAAGUUCGUUUACCUGAGAAAUCACGGUGAAAUUUCGUCUGAUUUCGGCGAAAAAGCAGGUUUUCGCGCAUAACUCUUUCCAAAGAAAUGGGAGUUGAAGUCACGGAGAAAGCCAACAAAAAGCCUCUUCUCCUCCUCUGUAUAUUCCUUCUUCACGCUUUACCCACCUCUUCACAAGCAUCAGACGAGCUCAAAUCUCUUCUGUACUUCAAAUCCACCGUUAUGGAUCCGUUAAAGUCCCUCUCCUCCUGGGCCGACCCCGUCAACUUGCCAUUAGGGUUCAGUUACCCCUUGUACUGCAACUGGUCGGGCGUGCUCUGCAACUCCGAGCUCCAUGUCAGAGAGAUCAGCCUCGCGUCAAAGAACCUUUCCGGAACCCUAGAAAGCCUAGACCUUUUACAAUUCCCCUUUGUCGAAGCCAUUAACCUAGGGUUCAACAAUUUUACGGGAGCAUUACCUUUACAUUUUUUGAACUCGACCUCUCUUAAAACCCUAAAUUUGAGCUCGAACUCUCUCUCUGGUUCUAUCCCCAAAGCUUCUGCUCAGACCCUAGAAACCAUAGACCUCUCCAAUAACUUCUUUUCUGGUUCGAUUCCAUUAGAGAUCGGUUAUUUUUCUGGCCUUAAAGUGCUCGAUCUUGGUGGAAACUCGUUAACGGGUCAGUUGCCUCCUUCAAUAUGGAACUUAACGGCGUUAAGAAACUUGACCCUGGCGAGUAAUCAGUUAACGGGAAAAUUAUUGCCAGAGAUCGGAAACCUUCUGAAUUUGGAGUGGAUCUACCUUGGUUACAACAACUUUUCGGGCGAAAUUCCAUCGGAAAUCGGCCAGUUAAAAUCGUUGAAACAUUUGAAUUUGGUUUACAACAACCUUACUGGUUCCAUUCCUCCUACUCUUGGUAAUUUGAGGGGCUUGAAAUACCUGUAUCUUUACCAGAACAAGCUUACCGCUUCGAUUCCUGGUUCAUUUUUUAACCUAACCGAGCUGGUUUCAUUGGAUCUAAGUGACAAUGAGCUCAAUGGAACUCUGAGUGAAGACAUGGGAAAGUUGCAUAAGCUUGAGGUACUGAACCUUUUCUCUAAUUGUUUUCAUGGCGCUAUCCCUCAAGUUUUGGCUUUGCUUCCUUGUUUACAUGUUCUUGCUCUGUGGGCUAAUGGUUUUUCCGGCGAGAUUCCAACCAAUCUUGGCAAGAAAAGCAACUUAACUGAGCUUGAUCUCUCCACCAAUUACUUAACUGGCGAAAUUCCGGCCAGUCUCUGUGAUUCAAAAAGGUUAUAUAAACUCAUUCUGUUCUCGAACAAGCUUAAUGGAACCAUUCCUUACAGCUUGGGUCAUUGUUCAACUCUGAGAAGAGUGAGGCUACAAAACAACAGCUUUUCUGGAGAGUUACCGCCGGAAAUUUCAAAACUUCCUGUACUGUACUUCCUGGAUAUUUCAAUGAACAAACUUUCCGGCAAGUUAGAUGGCCGGAAAUGGGAUACUUCCUCUCUUCAAGUGUUGAAAUUAGCCAGCAAUCGGUUUUCCGGCAACUUGCCAGAAUUUCAAAACAGUUCCAUGAAGCUGGAAACCCUAGACUUAUCGGAAAAUCAGUUCUCCGGGGUUAUUCCAGCCAGCUAUGGGGACCUUUCAGAGCUGACACUCUUAAAUCUUGGCUGGAAUCAAAUUUCCCAUGAGAUUCCAGCCAAAAUCGGUGAAUGCAAAAAGCUUGUUACAUUAGACCUAAGUCAUAACCGGCUGACCGGAGGGAUUCCGGUUGAACUUGCUGGAAUACCUGUUCUCGGGGACCUUGAUCUAUCUGAAAACCAGCUAACCGGCAAAAUACCGGCCAUUCUCGGUGACAUGGACUCUCUCCUUGACAUUAACGUGUCGCAUAACCGGCUACGUGGCAAAGUGCCGGUUACCGGGGCCUUCCUCACGAUCAACUUCACCGCAUUGGCCGGUAAUCCCGGUCUGUGCGGGCUCGUAUCCGGUUUGACCCGUUGCAAAACAGGUUCCGGUUCCAGUUUACUUUUACCACUGGCUGUUUUUCUCGGCAUUCUGGGUGCUCUCUCCGGCGUUCUACUCUUCUGGCUUUUCCGGCGCCGGAAAUCUCAGCGUAAGAAGGUUGACACAGAGGAAGACGACAUGUGGACACUAGAAAUGUACAGUAAUUGCCACGUCAUUACGGUGGAUGACGUGCUAAACACCAUGAAUAAGGAGAGCUUGAUAUCUAAGGGAAGGACAGGGAGCCUCUACAAGGGGAGAACGGACGUCAAGGGUUUAACUCUUGCGGUCAAAGAGUUGGCCGGAAACAGGGAUUUUCUGGCGAGCUUUUGGCCAGAACUAUCGGAUUCUGGCAAUGUCAGGCACCGGAAUAUCGUGAGGCUCCUUGGAACAUGCAGGUCCGAGGCGACCGGUAUUUUGAUAUAUGAAUAUAUCAGCGGCUGGAAUCUCGGCGAAAUCAUGCAUGGGAGUGAGGGUAAGAAGCUGGGAUGGCAUUUCCGACUGAAAAUAGCUGCCGGAAUUUCGAGGGCUCUAGAGUAUUUACACUGUAAAAGUUUUCCGGCGAGAAUUCACGGCUGCGUCUUACCAGAAAAAGUGAUUGUUGGGGAAGAUGGUGAGCCUCGGUUGAAGCUUGUUUUGCCCGGAACUUUGAGGAAUAAUUCCAAGGGGUUUCUCGCCUCUGGUUAUGCACCUCCAGAAUUCAUGCACAGCAAGGAAUUCACUGAAAAGAACGACAUAUACGGUUUCGGCGUUCUGCUGAUCGAGCUUUUGACAGGAAAGGGACCAUCCGAACCGGGGAUAUCCGGCCAUGGUGACCUUGUGGGGUGGGCGCACUACUGUUAUGCGGAGUGUGCGACCGACACGUGGCUGGACCCGGGACUGAGAGAGGAGAUGGUUGAGUAUCAAGGGGAAAUGGCGAGGGCCAUGCAUUUGGCCGUGGCCUGCACCAGGCGGGAGCCAAUGGCGAGGCCAUGCGCCACGGAGAUCGUCCGAGAGCUGGAGUCCAUGCGUGGUGGCAAAUCCUGGCUCUCUACCAUUUUCAGAUCCAUGCUUAUUCUCAAAUAGUCUCUUUCUCUCUCUAUCCCUCUAUCUCUCUCUCUCUCUAUAUAUAUAUAUAUCCCUGCCUCCAAUAUUUCACCGUCUCUCUCUCUCCUGUCGUCCAAUCUGAUUUCUCUUUUUCUGCUGUCUGAUAUCUUCCUCUCCUUGCCCCCAACCUAAUCUCCCUCCUCUCUCUCUCUCUCUCAUGCAUCUAUCACUCUCUCUCACAUACACAACCUCUAGCUCUUUCACUCAUAUGCAUACAUAUCAUCUCUCUCUCUCCUUACCUGCAACUUAAUUCCUCUCUCUCUAUCAAUCAUUUUGUCUCCGUCCUUGCCUCCGACCUUUUUUCUCUCUCUCUCUCUCACACACACACACAAACACACACUAUCUUUCAGUCGCCUAAACUCAGAUAUUUUCCUCUCUCUCUCUCCGACCCACUAUUCCCUUCCCUUUGACUCCAACCUAAUCUGCUUCUCUCUCUGUCUCUGCAAAUUUUGUUUCUUGAUCUCCUCCAUACACUUCUCUGUCCCUAUCACUAGAGUACACAUGUUUCUCUCUCUCAUUGCUUUCUCACUGAAUUUUAUUGCCUCGGGUGAUAUUUUAUGUAUCCUGCUGUGUUUCUGUUGAUUAUUCAUGUUAAUUAUAAGAGUGUAAUUGUAGAAUGAGUGGUUGGAUAGCCGAGAGCAGGUUUUGGUUUGUAUACGAAUAAGAAGUGUAUAUACAUUAUGUAUCAAACAAGCGAUUUUCAUACAAA